AUGCUUGUGAAAGGCAACUGCACUGUUGUGUGUUCCAGGGAAGAAGUGGGGAAUAUCGUGGACCUCAAUGGUUCAGCCUCCGUCGGCUCGUUUCCAACACGUUGUAAAGGCUCUCUGUCCUCGUCGCGUUCCGGGAAUACGGCGGCCUCAUCCCGGCUGUGCAGAUCUCGCGGAUAUCGCGCGAAUGGAGGACAGACAGCACCAUCUAUUGAUGGACCGUGUUAUCCAGCGCUUCCCUCAUUACCGACGAGUUUAUGGAGUCGAGAGAUAUUUCGAACGGAGUUAACCGUUCCGCCAUCUGGCGUAUACUGGCAUAUGAGUGUCGAGGCAGGGCUUAACCUCACCAGUGUUUUCCAGGGAUUGUGGACUGGGGGCCCUGGGACUGAUUGCGCUGGUGUUGAACGUGUUGAUCGCAAUGGCGAACAUUGGAAAGAUCAUACACAACGCGCAUAAACAUAAUCACGCCUGCGCGUAAUACGGAAUUUUAUGAUUAAUUGAAAGAACAAGACGUUUAGUCCAAAAAUUCAGGUCUUUAUUCAGCUAAGAAACUCCAAAAGUAUUCGACACGUGGUUCACGCAGUUUUCCAGAUUUUUUUAGUCCCUAAAAAAUUUUGCAUAACGCGAAUUGUCCAGUCGCAGAAUAUUUUUAGCGAGUUCAUAAAUUUAUUUGACCUCGUAUUCUGGAAGAUCAUUUGGAAAAUAAAUUGAUUUGAAAAAAAAACGUGUAAUGAUAAAGACGUUGAGUUCAAUAACGAACUGGUAAACUGAGAUAAGUUGAUUCGGAAUUCGUUUUAUCACUUCGCUACUGGAUUCUUACCAAUUCUCACUUUUAUAAGAAAUAAUUGGCGUAAAAUGGAUAUUCAACAUUUCUUUCACAUUCAUAGCCGACUCUGAAUUCAUUAAAUUUGAGAGUUAUCAAUUCAUAUCUAUUUUGCCCCGCGCUCUCCUCUCAAACAAACUUCUGUCAAUCCCUUCGGCAGUGGUUUAACUAUAGCAAAUUAUUGUUCGAUAAUAUUUCCACGAAUAAAAACAAAAAAGAUAGUUAAACAAUGAUAAACAGGAUUCCCUAAUUGAAAGUUUUUAAAAUAAUAUGCUUGUAAUAUAAAUGAACUAAAGAAAAAUAUUGGAAAAAAACUGGGGUUGCACCCAUAUACCCCACACGAAUGAUUAAUAAAAAGAAAAGAAUGAGGAAUGAGUAGAAAUUGAUUUCAACGGAAACCCUAAGCCGAGCUUUUCAUUUUACACAAAUAUCUCAACUGCAACAUAGCCACUUCUCCACUGGCGAGCUUAACAACUCCUUCCUGUGUAUCAAUGGACAAGAGAGUCCCAACAGCCUCGCGCGAUUCACCAAGUACAACCUUGACUCGAUCACCAUGAGUGGGCACAACUGGUUCCAGUUGUUCACAAAGCAGAUUUACGACGCGAUCUUCAGCCGGCAGGAACACAGAGCACAUUCCACCCUAAAAGAUCAAUAGAUAUGAGUUCAUUAUUGCCAGAUGAAUAAAUCGACAGUAUUUCAUUUGCAAUGAAAGUACGUGAAAGAAAAUUUCACAUAAAACCUUGGCUCUUUCUCUGAGACAAUCUGGUAAUCAAAUUCUAUUGAAAAAUUCUUUCCUUGCUUGAUGAAAAUUCUACAGGAGAUUUGGCAGCUUAUCUAUUUACCUGACAAAGGAGCAAAUAAUUACUAUUUUCAAUGCAAUAACUUACCGAUAUUCCCCGAAUGACUCCCUGUUGUCCAGCGAGGGCAGGAUCCUGAUGUGAAUCUCUGAUUCGAACUUCGAUAUCAACGGUGUGCCACUCAGUAUUCCCCAUAAUACCCCCACCCAUUCCCGUAUCGAGGCCAGAUCCCGGUGUCUGUGGAUUGUAAGGACUAUUGGCUCCAGGGGUCAUGGGGCUGUAGCCAAUAGGUGAUGGAGAUGGGAAAAUCCGUGGGCUGGUAGUAUAGCCAGUUCCAGAUGGUGAUGGAGCAACAUAUCCAGCUGGGCUGGGACUAGCUCCAACACUGGCAUUUGGACUUGGACUUGGCUGAUAAGGGCUGUAGCUCUGCUCUGAGCCAUACAUGGUGCCAGGUGUCUGUGGAGUAAAGGGCUCUCCAGUUGAGGGAUAACCGUAUCCUGGCGAGCCACCGUCUUCCAGACUGUAAACAUCAAAGUCAUUGUUUCUGGCUGGUGUAUUGGUAACCGUUGGAUCCCAAGCGCCAGACUGUCCAGGUGUUCUCGAGCCAUCGUGUGAGGGUGUCAUAGAGCCAUAAUGAGGUGUCCUGGAGCCAUUCUCGUACAUCGGAGUCUGUGAGCCGUGCAUAGGAGUCUUGGAGCCGUACAUUGGUGUCUGUCCUCCAGUCGAGUGCACUGGGGUUCUUGUGUAUGAGCUGAAACGGCCGUCCUUGGUUGGCACACCCACCUUGGCAAUAUGGGAUCUGUCAACAGAUAUGGUCUGGCAGGUGGUGUGCAGCUCCACCCUGGCUGUACGAUCUGUAGCGUCCUUGACAAUGCCGACAUUUCCUUUGUAAGGUCCACCAGUGAUCUUAAUAGUGCUACCAAUCAAAUCAAGUUCACGACGCAUACCAUGACCUCCACCCCCUCGACCACGGCCUCGACCACCACCACCACCACCACCACCUCCCCUUCCUCCUCCGCUACUUGGAUGCAUUGGAGAACUGAUGCGUGGCGACAUAAAACCGAGUCCACUUCCCGAUGACGAAUUGUUCUUGGCACCACCAGCUAACUGGAGAUAUCUCGUCUUGCAGACAUAGAUACCACCGUUGUCCACGUACAAUCGUGAAUAGACAAAUGCAAAACUCCUGUACAGAUGCUUAAUUUCACCACCUCUACCUGUAUGUGGUCCAUCGAUGAUCUUAACAAUAUCUCUUCUACGUAUUUCAUUUUGCUGAUGAUCAAGGGCAAAUGCAUUGCGAUUUUCACGUCGUUUUGUCAAUUCCUGUGGUCUUUUCUGGACAACUUUACCGUCAUUCUGCAGUACAUGAAAAUUCUCACGCUCGAGACGCACAAUCAUGCCAACAGUUUGCUUGUCAACAUCGACAAGAUCGCCCCAUUGAAACUGUCCCAAUCUGUCGACCCCAGUUGCCACAUCAGGGCUCAACUGCAAGUCCCUGGGUAGUACCUCCAAUUCGUGGUUAGACAGAUCGGAGAAUAGGACCAUAAGAUUCUGUUCAACUCUGAGAAUCAGACCAGUAUCACCCUCGUAUCUCCCAGCAAUAACUCUGACGUGAUCACCCAUCUUGAAGUAUUUUCUCAGCUCAUUGGCCUGAAACUCCAGGGGCUCAUUGAGCUCCUCGUGCUUGGGCAGUACCAUAAUCAUGUUGCCAUCGAUUGACACGAUUUUACCCUGAAGAUUCAUCAACUCACCCUCGCAAACUUCGACAUUGUCACCAGUACUGAACGAGUGAGUGGGAACCAUAUCCUUUUUUCGCGAGCCAUCAGGUCUAUCGAGCUCGAGGUCCACACCUUCCGGUGCCUCCUCAAAUUUCUCAAGCUCUGAUAAAGUCGGCUUGAUUCCCUCAGUGACAAUAGCAUUGAUCAAAAAUUUCUUGUAUAAAAAGCCCUUUGGACUGUAAGGAUUUCCCUCGAACAUGAGAAAAUCUCCAUCACUUGUGAUGUCCCCUCCGAUAGCUCUUAUCGCUCCUGGAUCGAAGAGUUUAGCUGGCGGGCGUCUUCCCUUCUUCCUCUUCAAAGCAUCGCUCUCAGAUUGAGCUGUUCUCAAGGCUCCUCUUGGCUUCGUAUAAUCAAUUCUCGGUAAAAGUUUCAGUGUCACCUGAUUGUGCUUCAAGUCAUCAAUAUUAUCCACUUGGGCAAUAUCAUCCUUGUAGAGUCCCCUCUUGAGUCUCACCCACUGUUUAACUCUCAAUCCAGUUUGUUCCUUGACAACUCUGAGGACAUCGGUCAUUUCUUUAAUAGGUACCAUCUGUUGCUUCCAAACACCCAUCCUGAGAUUACCGACAUUCUCAAUAGCAGCUUUAACGUGAGGUUGCUUAUACGCCUCAAUGUAAAUAUAACCUUUAACCCCCUCAGGUGCAACAACUGAUUUUAUUUGGAGGGGAUCCUUGGAAAAUUGAUAAGUCAAGAAUUUACGCAUCAACAGAAGAACAGUUGCCUUUUCUUCGCCGAUUCUACACUUGACCAUCCACAAAUUCGGAUCCUUAACACCUGGCAAAAGUGUCUGUUGUGUUAUUUCAUCUCCCAUAUCUUCACCACCAUCACCAAAAUGUCUGGCAGCACCACACUCUCCUGCAUACUUCUUCUUCAAGUACUCCUCAAUCUCAUCCUCUCUGUGUGAAUCCCACAGAUUAGUUCCGCGUCUACGACCCUCAAUUUCCCUGGCCGUUGGCCCCACCUCGUCCACCUCAUUCCCAACAAUUCCCAUCUCCUGUGCCCCCUCCUCCCAUUCAUCAUCAUCCUCGACGUCAUCGUCAACCUCAGCCUCAUCAUCGAUAAAACCACAGAAUCUGUCCUUCUUUUUUUUCUUCUUGGGCCUGUCAUCCUCCUCGUCCUCCUCCUCACUGUCGAGAUCCUCACCCUCGGGCUCCUCCUCGGGCUCCACAUCCUCGUCAGAUCGUGCCUCCUCGGCUUCGUCAGCUCG